GAGAGAGAGAGAGAGAGAGAGAGAGAGAGAGAGAGAGAGAGGAGGAGAUCCGGUCCAGUAUUGAAGGGAAUAGGGAUGAAGGAGAAGCGUGAUAGCAGUUUUUGACAAAUCUGAAUUUCGAAGUCUUUGAACCCAAUUCACCCGAUUUUUCCAGAGCGUAGGGUAUUACAACCUCAUUUCGACAUCCUGUAGAUCCAAUUGCAACUAUGGACGAGUCCGAAUUUCGUCGACUUCUUCAACUCUUUCCCGUUGUUCGAUCUCGGGAUUAUCAUGCGGAGUCGGAGUUAUCUAGACAGUCAACAUCCAAGUCAUCCAAGAGUGAGUUGAGUGAAUGGCAGGAAGCAUGGAAUGAAGAUGGAGAAAAAUCAAAGGAUCAAGGAUCUGACCUACAUGAUGCAUUCUGGAGGAAGCUAAAGUUAGCUGCUGAGCAGAAGGUGGGCAAGCUUGAAGCAGAGAGAUUCUGUAACUCAUUUCAACAGAUUCACAAUAAACUUGUUAACGAAGAACUGAGUUCAGAUGCUGCCCGGAGCUUUCUGGAGUCGUUCAGUUGCAGUUCCACAGAAUAGUAUGGUUUUCUGCUUAAUAAGUCUUGUAUUGCAUAUAUUAUCUUCUCUCCAUAGACCACAUUGUGCAAGUCUGAUUCAAUUACUAACAAGGAUUUGGAACAGAUAAAAUCUUGUUUUCAAGGAAUCUGCAAACACUCUCUUUCACAUACAU